AUGAAGCACACAGCUAGCCUGCCCAAACAAGCGGAGGCGGACUAUCAUUGGGCAAAGCUGAACGUCUUUUCGCGCUGGUACAAGGCGCCAAACCACACCGUUGUUCUCAUCUUUGACCCGGAAAAGAUGCGCAAAGGAGAUGAAACGCUGCGAGACGAGUUUGAGCGGAGUCUUACUGACCUUGUCGGAGAAGAGGAUCUGGCCGACCCCUUCUGGAUCUACCCACCCCUCGUCGAUUUCGUCGUCAGGGCGCAAGACAAGGCAGUCUGGCAGAUACGUGAUCUGGUCAGGAAUAUCGAGAAGAGUCGGGAACACCGCAAGGGAGAGGCUUCUAUCCUCCAGAGCGUCAUCUUUCUCAACAUGUACAAUGUUCAGAGACACGCGGUGCACGUCUGCGAGACGCUUGAAGUUGCCAUCUCAACAACUGAAUGGAUCGAGAAACACCACGACCUCUUCCUCAACGGCCUGCAGGCCGGCAGCAAAUCAGCGGCGUCGAAGAACAUUACGAAUGGCUUGCUUGACAAGCAAAACUUUCUCACUGUCUUACUGCACCGCUCCGAUGCGAACAAAUCGCGGCUGAAUAGCGAAAUCGGGCUUGCGUUCAAUACCGUGUCGGUCGAGAUUGCGAACGCGACGAAAAGGGACAGCGCUGCCAUGCGGACCAUUGCAUUUGUCUCGCUGCUGUUCCUGCCAGCGACUUUCACGUCGGCCAUCUUUAGCACAACGUUUUUCAAGUUUGACGACAACUCGAGCGCCUGGGAGGUCUCAGGCAUGUUUUGGCUGUACUGGGUCGUCGCCAUUCCUUUGACGGUCGCGGCGGUGCUGGUCUGGUAUGGAAAAUCGCUGCCUGAUAAGCUGGUAAGGUUGCACCGCCGUGUUUCUAGUCUCUUUGGACAGUCAGAGCGCCGGUCGCGUGGACGAGACGAUGAUGGACCGGCCCGUGAAGAGUCCACCUCUGUCCGCUCGUGGACAGAGAAGGGCCCGACGGGCAUGUGUUAG